CAUACCGAAAAACAGAAGGAGCUUGGAAAAUACGGAACAUUUUCGCGAGUAUCGUUGCUGUUUCACCGAACGAUAUGGCUCGUUACGUUGGUUUGGAUAAACUCGGUAAACUAUUUACUCAUAUCCGCGAAAAUGGAGGAAUCCGGGCCAGUUUAUACAAACUGUACAGGAUGGAUGAAAUGAAAUCGGGUCGCCUGGUCGGGCAGGACAAGUAUGGAAACAAGUACUUCGAGGAUCCGUCGCAGUUCUACGGUAGAAACCGAUGGGUCGAGUAUGCGCCACAUUUUAACAUGGAAUACGACGGUUCCCAGAUCCCGGCGGAUUGGUUUGGAUGGAUGCACUACAAGACUGAUUUGCCACCAAAUCGCGAUGGAAACCGUCCCCAUUACGCGUGGAUGAUGGAUCACAGCGAGAAUGUAUCCGGAACCAAAGAUGCGUACAUGCCAUACUCGACCACUCGCCCGAAAGUGGAAGCUUGGGAUCCGAAAAAAUCGCAGUCGAAUUAAAGUGUUCCCCGAAAUUGCGAAAACCGUGUAGAAGAAUGUAAAUAAGUGACUUCAGAGGGGUAAUUAACCAGGUUAAUACAUUACUCUGAAGUUGAAAAAUGAAGUGA